UCACAUACAAUGCUUAAUAGAUCUAACUAAAUUUGGUAAAAUAAGAAUAGAUACUUGUUUGAGUGAAGCUUUUAGAAAAAAUAUCGAAAAACAUAAUAUUACAGUUAAAAAUAAUAGAUACAUAUUAAGCAGUAUGAUAGAUUCAACGUGUUUUUUAGCUCAGCAGGAAUUGGCAUUUAGAGGCCACGACGAGUCAGAUUCAUCUGUUAAUAGAGGUAAUUAUGUUGAACUUAUUUACUUAAUGGCCCAGCGUGAUGAGUUGUUAAAAACACAUCUUGCAACGUCCACUAUAUUUACUGGUUUAUCUGGGGACAUUCAAAAUGACUUGAUUCAAUCAAUUUCAAAUGUUCUUCUUAAACAAAUUGAAAAUGAAAUACGUGAUACUCCGUUUGUUGCAAUAAUUAUGGACGAGACAACUGAUAUUGUUUCAAAGUCACAGUUAUCAACAGUGUUGCGUUAUGUUAAUACCAUAGAUGGAUACGAAGUUGUCGAAAGAUUUUUGGGAUUUACUGAUGUUAGUGAAGGUCGAUCAGCGAAAGCAUUAUCAGAGCAUGUAUUUAGUUUUAUUUCAAAGUAUGCAUGUGAAGAAAAAUUAAUAGCCCAAACGUAUGAUGGGGCAGCUGUCAUGUCCGGGCAACAUAAUGGUUUACAAUCGCUAGUGCGUUCGAAGUAUGAAAAUGCUAUUUUUGUACAUUGCUAUGCACAUAAAUUAAAUCUUGUCUUAAAACAGUCAGUUGAGUAUAUUAAAGAUUGUAAAAUAUUUUUUUCAACCCUUUCUGGUUUAUCGUCUUUUUUUUCAAAAUCUACCAAACGAGUACAUGCACUUGAUAAUGUAGUUAAAAAACGUUUUCCAUCAGUAGCUCCAACAAGAUGGAAUUACAAUAGUCGUCUUAUUGAAAUGAUGGUUGAACAUAAACUAGAUGUUAUAAAUCUAAUGGAAUCAAUCAUUGAGAAUGCCCAAAAUUGGGAUUCGGAAACAUUGUCUUCUGCUAAAGGGUAUGUGGAAAUUCUUCAAAGUUUUGAUUUCAAUUUUUUUCUUAAAUUAUUUUCAAUCAUUUUACCACAAGCAACGAUUAUUUUUGAAAUUUUACAAAAAAAAAUUUUUGAUAUUUCUUAUUGCUCAAAAAAGAUUGACGAUUUCAUUGUUUAUUUAAAUACUGUCAGGUCAAGUUUUGAUGAUAUUUGGUCACAGUUAGAAAUUAUAAACAAUGAAAUACAGCCUCAAAUUCACCGUUCAAAAAGGCAAAGAUUUAAUGGAGAUCCAAAAACUAAUUACAGACGACUAUUUUUUGAAAUAAUUGACGUUAUAAUUAAUAAGACAAAAGAACGGUUUUCAAAUCUUAAUCAAUUACAAUUUUUCGCAUUAUUAGACUUUAAAAAAUUUAGUCUAUAUGCUAAUGAUUUUCCUAUAAACUUAUUCAAUUCGUUGAAACAAUUAUACGGUAAAUAUUUUGAUUUACCCAAAUUGAGAAGUGAACUUUCGGUUGUCUACUCGACCGAAGAAUUUCAAAAACCUAAUGUUCACGAUCUUUUAAUUUAUUUAAAAACCACAAAUUUAGACGAAAACUUACCACAAGCAACACAAUUGAUUUCAUUGAUACUAACUAUUCCAGCUACUAGUGCAUCAGCAGAACGUUCAUUCUCGGCCCUUAAAAGGAUUAAGAAUUCAUCAAGAAAUUCCCAAGAACAAAAUCGUCUUUCAUCAUUAUCAAUGCUGUCAAUCGAAAAAAAAUUAUUGGUAGAGUUGAAAAAAAAAUCUCAUGAUGAAAUCUUUCAUGAUGAAUUUAUUAAUGUCACGGUUAACAGUAAUACGGAUCCAUUGUCCAGACUUCCGUUAGAUUUUCCAUAUAAUUCCAAUACUCAGAACCUUGAUAUUUGUAUGGAAAUUAAGAAGCAUUUAUUGCUUAGGGAAGUUUUCUUUAGAGUUUUUACAGGUAAAUGGGAUGAUAUUAAGGAAGUAUCUGAGGACAUGAAACCAUAUUUUUAUCGCAAAAAUGAGUUCUCUAUAGAGAAAGGAUUUUUAUUAUGGGGUCAUUGUUUAGUAAUUCCUCCUAGGUUCAGAACUGCAUUGGAAGCAGAAUUACAUAAUACACAGAUGGGAAAAAAGUUGAAUCAUGAUUUAGAUCAACUGUGUAUGUACAUAACUGGUUAUGUAACAUAUUAUGUUGAAAUGCAAUGUUUUGAAUCCGUAGACGAAGAAAAUACUGCAUAUAUUCCAAUAGAAAAUGAUAUAUCUGUGAUAGUCAAAUUACUUUACUCUGAACUUAAGAAAAGUAGUAGACAACCUAAGUCGGUAUUUCAUUUUUUCAUUCAUCACAGAUAUUGGGUCACUUAA